AUGCCAGGUCUGAAUAUCGUUGGAUUCGUAACCGAUAGCGAAGGUCGCCACGCUCAAAAAGCCAAAAUAGAGAAAAUCCUCGAGUGGACCAGGUGCGAUGAUAUUACCGAAGCUUGCGCUUUCAUCGGAAUCGCGAUGUACUCUAGGAUCUGGAUCAAAAACUUCUCUACUAUUGCGGCCUCGAUCUACGCUACAAUGAAAAAAGGAGUCAAAAUGGAAUCCCAACAAAAGGCAAUGCAAUUGCUCAAGGAGGCCUUGCUCUCGGCGCCUGCCUUGAUCAAAGUUGACUACGGACCCGAAGAAGAUAAAAUCAUACUCACAGUGGACGCCUGCCUGAGAAGCAGUAUAAGGAUGGGCACAAGCAUGUCGGCUACGGAUGCGCCAUCUACAAAGGACAAGCAAAGGUCGCCCGCCACUGGUAAAGUCGCGGUCAAUAACCAAUCCCACGUUUUCGACGCGGAGGCAAUCGGAGCAUGGAAGGCUUUAGAGCACGCUAUUCGAUCGACUCCUUCAUAUAUAGACUAA